UUCCAGUGGGCCAGUCAGAGCGAGGACAGACAAAUCAGAGUAAGAAAGAGCAAUGGCAAACAGAUUGACGGAAAGAUGAGAUGAACAAGUGGAAGAUCAGGAAUGGGGAGAGACGAGUUGGAUGUCAUUAUUUCAGAAGAGCAUACUGGAAAGUUUUCUGUGUCACAAAAAAACACUGAAGAUUCCAGGGUGUCUGUUGGACACAUUCUGAUAUCAAGACCAAACUGGAAAUACCACACGUGGUCUAUCUUUAGGAGCCGGUGAACUGGAGUUCACACAUCCUGCUAUUUUAUGCAUGUGGCAGGGGUUGAUGGGUAGGAUGAGGAGCAUCACACUGCUCUGGGUGCUGUGUUCAAGCUGGACCAUCCAAACUCAAGCUCAGAUGAGGAUAUCACCUGAAACGGUUCAACAGUGGGCCAAUACCUUUGGAAAACAGCUUAUGGCCUUAUCAAACAGAUACUCAGGUGCUCAACUCUUACAAAAGAAAUAUAAAGAAGUGGAACCCAUCGUCAAGAUGGAGGAGGUUGAUGGUUUAAAGAUGGUGAAGGAAUUUGCUGAGGAAAUGGAGAACAUGCUGGGCAGAAAAAUGAAAUCAGUUAAGAGAAUGGCAGAGACAGCAGAGGAUGCAGAUUUUUAUCACGAAUUUAAUGCCACAUUAGAAUUUGACUACUACAAUUCCAUGUUGAUUAACACAGUAAAUGAGGAUGGAAACAACAUAGAGCUGGGAGGUGAAUUUCCCUUGGAGGAGAAUGAACACUUCAACAAUCUGCUAGUCAAUACGCAGCAAAGCGUCGUACAAGUGCCCACAAAUGUUUAUAACAAAGACCCUGAUAUUCUGAACGGGGUGUUUAUGUCAGAAGCACUGAAUGACAUAUUUAUCAGUAACUUUGAGAAGGACCCGACUCUAACCUGGCAGUACUUCGGCAGUUCAACCGGAUUCUUCAGACUCUACCCAGGUAUUAAGUGGACACCAGAUGAAAAUGGAGUUGUCACUUUUGAUGGAAGGAAUCGCAACUGGUACAUUCAAGCAGCCACAUCUCCUAAAGACAUCAUUAUCGCUGUGGACAUCAGUGGGAGUAUGAAGGGUUUGAGACUCACUAUUGCUAAACACACCAUCAACACCAUUCUAGACACACUAGGCGAAAACGACUUUGUCAACGUCAUAGCGUACAGUGAUUAUGUCCAAUAUGUAGAGCCCUGUUUUAAAGGCACACUAGUGCAGGCUGACCUGGAUAAUCGUGAGCACUUUAAGCUUUUGGUGCAGGAGUUGCAGGUAAAAGGUGAAGGAAAGGUGAAGAAAGCCAUGAAAGAGUCUUUUAAGAUUCUGAACGAGGCAGCAGCAGAAGGCAGGGGUAGUUUAUGUAAUCAGGCUAUCAUGCUGAUCACUGAUGGAGCCAUGGAGGAUUUCCAGCAGGUGUUUGAGGAGUUCAAUUGGCCAGAUCGCAAGGUGCGUGUGUUCACGUAUCUGAUUGGACGAGAGCUUACAUUUGCUCGCAAUGUCAAAUGGAUUGCUUGCAACAAUAAAGGUUACUACACUCACAUCUCUACUCUGGCGGAUGUACAGGAGAAUGUGAUGGAAUAUCUUCAUGUGCUGAGCAGACCAAUGGUCAUCAACCACGAUCAUGACAUCAUCUGGACAGAGGCUUACAUGGACAGUGUGCUUUUUAACACACAGGCCGAGAGUUUGCUGUUGAUGACCUCUGUGGCCAUGCCUGUGUUCAGCAAGAAAGAAGAGACACUCUCUCACGGCAUCCUUCUUGGUGUGGUUGGCACUGAUGUCCCCUUGAAAGAGCUCAUGAGAUUGGCUCCUCGAUACAAGCUGGGAGUUCAUGGCUAUGCAUUCUUAAACACUAAUAAUGGUUAUAUACUCUCUCAUCCUGACCUUCGACCUCUGUAUAAAGAUGGCAAGAAGCUGAAGCCAAAGCCGAACUAUAACAGUGUGGAUUUAUCAGAGGUGGAGUGGGAGGAUACAGAAGACGCACUGAGAACGGCGAUGGUAAAAGGGGAAAGUGGGACAAUCUCUCUGGACGUCAGAGCAACAGUAGAAAAAGGAAAGAGAGUUGUGUUCCUGAAAAAUGAAUAUUUUUAUACUACCAUCAACGAAACUCCAUUUAGUCUUGGAAUUGUACUUACCAAUGGUCAUGGGAAGAAUGUUUUCAUCGGAAAUGUUUCAGUUGAAGAAGGCCUACAUGACCUGACUGCGUCUGAUGUCAGUAUUUCUAAAGAAUGGACAUACUGUGAGACAGACAUCGAUCCACAUCAUCGCAAACUGACGCAGCUUCAGGCUGUGGUUCGGUAUUUAACAGGAAAAGAACCAGACCUGGAAUGUGAUGAAAGGCUUCUACAGCAGACUCUGUUUGACGCAGUGGUCACAGCUCCUAUGGAAGCCUAUUGGACUGCACUGCUGCUCAACGCCUCCGGUAUUGAUGGGGGAGUGGAGACAGCGUUCCUGGGCACGCGCUCUGGCCUCAUGAGGAUGAUCAGAUAUGCUGGCGUAGAGAAGCGUGUGGCGAAAAAGUUCUUAACUUCAUCAGAUAAGGAGAAUAUUUUUACUCUAGACCAUUUCCCUGUUUGGUAUCGGCGUGCGGCAGAAAAUCCAGCUGGCCGCUUUUUGUACUACGUUCCUACAGAGGACAACUCACAAGUGAACGGCAGGUUUGUGAUUGCUGUCACGUCUGUUACAGUCUCUGUGAGCAAAAAGACAGCAGUUGCUGGAGCCAUCGGUGUGCAGAUGUCUCUUGAGAUGUUGGAAAAAAGGUUUUGGUCCAUAGCCAACCAGCCGAACGACACAGAUUGUUCAGGCAUAGAGGGGGUUUGUCCUUUAAGCUGUAGUGAUAAUCCGGACAUUAGCUGCUACGUCACCGACAGUAAUGGCUUUAUCAUCAUCUCUAAGGACAAGGCUGAUGUAGGCAAGUUUCUGGGGCAAAUCGAUGGGUCGGUGAUGUCCCAACUCUUGAAAAUGGGCAUGUUCAAAAGAGUUUUACUCUAUGACUAUCAGGCCAUGUGUAAGGUGCACACUCACUCUGCUAGUGGCGCUCGACCCCUGCUAAGUCCCUUUUAUAAUCUUUUGGCAGCACUGAAAUGGUUCCUAUCCAACUUCCUGUUCCUUUUACUGGACUUCAACAUCUACAAUCUGUGGCAUUCGGAUCACUUUACAGAGGCCAAGACCUCAUUCCAUGCAUCUAGUAAGAAGCUAAAGGGUGGCAUUCUGCAGCCGUGUGACACUGAAUAUCCCAGCUUUGUCUACGAGCCAUCAAUCAAAGAAACCAACAGCCUGAUCAAGUGUGGGAGAUGUCAAAAGGUGUUCGUUAUUCAACAGAUACCAGAUAGCAACUUGCUGCUGGUGGUGAUUCAGGCUGAUUGUGACUGUUCUCGGCAAUAUCCACCCAUCACCAUGGAGCCCAAAGAGGUCAAAUACAAUGCCUCAGUGAAAUGUGACCGCAUGAGAUCUCAGAAGAUACGAAGAAGGCCUGAGUCUUGUCACGCUUACCACCCUCAAGAAAAUGCCAAGGACUGCGGUGGGGCUGUGGCAAUCAGCCUGUCUAUCAUGCUAUUCUUUGCCUGUUUAUCAGUGUCAGCACUCAUCCAUCGAUGACAGAGAGCCUGUGGAACCCCCAAGAGAAUCACCUAUAGUGCACAGACUUAACUCACCAUGUUAUUAGUUUAGACUAGAACACUUUUUUUCUAAAGUAUAAAGUCUUCAACAUCAAAUUUAAGUAUAGCUUUACUUUGUAGAUUCUUUUUAGACAGUGCUGGGAUUUUAUGACUUUGUCUUGCCACUGAACGACCCGCAGUAAUGUCUAGAAAAAUCAGAGUGAUCAGUGAUUGAAAUGACACCCAGAGAAGGAUGAAGUGAAGCUGUGCUUAACUGAACUGUGACAUUACAGAGGAGAGAGGAUUUAUGGCCAGUAGAAAAUGUGACCAUUUUUUAAUGUGAAGCACAAGAAAAAUGUAUAAAUAUUGGUGUGUGUGUGUGUGUGUCUGUGCAUGUGUGUGUGUAUGAGAGAGAGACAGAAAAACGGUAAUAUUUAACAUGGAUUUUUACAGUACUUUUUUUUAACCAGAGCUGGCCAUUGGCUGAAUAAAUGACUUUCGCGGUAUUUACUGUAUUUACUGUCUGUGAGAGGUUAUUUCAAGAUUUCAGGGAUGCAUUUUAUUUUUACAUUUCUUAUGCACUAUAACUGAUUCAGCAGAUCUUUAUCAACAUUAUAUAUACAUUUCUGUUCUGGAUAAGUGUGCCGUGUUUACUUUCUUAUAUGAAUAAUUCUGUAGUGUGUGUUUUCGCUCAGGUAUAAAUGCACAAGAAGGGAUUUUUGAGAUGUGUGUAUUUGUUUGGAUUUUCUAAUGAUACUGUAACUGGCACUGUAAAUAUUACAUUACAAAAAUCUCAUGUGUCUUACUGUACACCCAAAACUUAAUUUUGAAAUGCUAUUGUGUUACAAGGUGA